ACACCAUGAACCCUCGCGCUCCUGAACUGAAGGUUGUAACUAUAUGCUACACAUUAGCAAACUACAGCUCACAUUUUCAAUGUGUGCACGGUUUGUAGUAACCGCUGACCUCUGACUAACGCCGUCUUGGGGUAAAGUAUCCUUCCUCCCGCAGAGAGUCUUCAUUUUUAGCAGUCUGUUAGGGUCGCCGGGGAUAAAAGGAGCGGACAUUGUGGAUCUCUGGCAUCGAUUCACUCGGCCUGUUGGAUACGCUGCUGAUUGCUGUCGUCUUCUUGGCGCUGCCUCUACUUCCUUUCAUCUUCUAGAAGAUCGGGGCUACUCAUACGGAUCAAUCCGCGGUUUGGAGAACAGAUCCAGGCUUUUAGUUUCAGAAAAUGUCCCAGCAGGAUGAAGGAAUCACGACUUUGGAGGAACAGCAGGAAAUGGAGGACAAAGUCGUCAGCCCAGAAAAAACAGAAGAGGCCAAACUGAAGGCCAGGUAUCCUAACCUGGGAGCCAAGCCCGGCGGUUCAGACCUCUUCAGGAAAAGACUCCAGAAAGGGCAAAAGUAUUUUGACUCUGGGGACUACAACAUGGCCAAGGCCAAAAUGAAGAACAAACCGCCGCCGUCAGCUCCAACGGAGAAGACUGAGAUCACAGGAGACCACAUCCCAACCCCUCAGGACCUGCCUCAGAGAAAGACCUCCAUCGUGGCCAGCAAGCUCGCUGUUUGAUACAUUUUUAUUUUUACUCAUUUUGCUAUAUUUCCAUCACCCACAUUGUAUAUCCCUGCUGUUUUUAGUCAUCUCUUUUUUUUUUUUUUUUCCUAUGUAUGUCUUAGAACUAUUCACAUAAAUUAGCCAAAUAACAGCUGACAACUGUCAUAAGUCCAAAAAUGUAACUAAAAAUGUUGAAGAUGUUAACUGAGUACUUACUGUCUUCUGAGCAUACAACAAAAUAGUAAUGUAAUCUUGAUUUAACUUUGAAUUUUGCAUUUAAAGGAUAACAUGCUUCCAUAUAAAGUGUUUAACAGACAGUUUUUGCAGAGGUUAUGUUUCCACGAUUGCUAAGGAAUCUAAUGAGAUCUGGCUAUUUAUAUUUAAGAAAAAUGGCCCUAUGAAUGGAGGUCAGUCUGCGUAGAUAUGAGAAGUAAAUGUGUAAUUUAAAAAUAGCCGUUCCUAAGAUUAACCAGUUUAAAUAGUGAAAUCAUCAAGCUUUAUAUGCUUUCCUCUUUAAAUCACAUGAACCUUUCUGCCUCUGUGGCUCUAUUUAAUUCUGUACUUUUAAAGUGCAGAUGACUGGCUUGUAUUCAUUUGCGUUAAACUCUUGUUAAUACCAUUAAUGCUGGUGGUCUCCACGUCAUCCUGACCUCUGAAACAUGGCCUUAAAGUAACGAACAGUCGUUCCUCUUGAGCAAUAUUUGCUCCCUCAGUGAGAAUCUUGGUUGUGAAGCUUGUCUAACGUGUCUUUUGCUGUUUGACUGGAUUCACUGUGGAUCACAUGGGAAGAAACUCCCAGGUCAUGUCUGGAGUGUGCAUGUAUGUUUACUGUGCUGAUAUGGUGUGCCAUUUGAUUUGUAAAUAAAAUAGUUUUGCAUAAUAACUUA